AGAAAAGAAAAGUAAAACAUAACUGUAAUAGCCAAAGCAAUAAAUAUGUUGUUUACUAAAUAUAUCAAAAAUCCACGUAAAUUAAGAAUUUUAUUGCUAUUAAUGAUUAUCACAUUAAUUAUAUUAACUUUACUGCUUUUAAAUAAUGGUUUGCAGCAUACAAAUCAUGAGCAUUUAAUCGAUGAAAAUUUUAUAGCACGCGUGUAUAACGGUGACGAUAAUAGUAAAACACGUAAUAGCAAUAAUGUUAAAGUGGAACAAUCUCCGGAAAUUUUAAGGUCACCUCGUGAAAAUGGCAUAAUUCAGCCUGAAAAAUAUGAUGAGCAAAAAUUGAAAUCUCGCUUAAUUAAGGAGAAAAUACAAAAUUUAAAAGAUUUCAAUAAAAAGAACGCAGUGAAUCCCGAAGAAGAACAUACCAUUUUGGAAACUGUAACCACAGCGAUACACAUUUUCUAUACCGCCCCGGUGCAAUGGUAUAAAAGCAAAAAAUCGAACCAUGCACCAAAAGAAAUAUUCAAGACAGUUUCUAAUGCCACCAUAGGAGGAACGGCAUUGGCCGUAAAGUCAGCGUCUGUUCCAAAGGUCUUGAAUAGUGCAUUCUAUCCUGCUUUAGGUUUAUAUAAACCGACAACGGGAUUAUUGCAACAACAUCUUGAAAAUAUCCGUAAUUGUGGCAUUGGUGUCCUUGUACUUAGCUAUAAUGGUAAAGCCUCCGAGCAGGAAUUAUAUAAAACCAUUAUCGAAUUAGCUCCGCAAUACAAUUUAAGCGUAACAUUUGAAUUAAGUUUGGCCGGCAAUCAAAGUCAAGGCUAUUUAGAGAAACAAUUUCAAGAUUUGCAAACAUUUCUAAUGCUAAGAGGUUUCUAUAAAGUGUACUCGCUUAGCAAGAAAAGAAAAUUACCUUUAAUUUAUAUUAGCAAUGCGUAUAAGUUAAUUGAUUCAUCUGCAGCUCGAGCUUUUUGUAAAAAUAAGAGCAAUAAUGUUAGUUCAAUAAGGCAGAGGGUGGAUGGAAUUUUUAUUGGUCAUAUUAGGCUUAAAAAUCAUGCUGAAUCAAUGCGUCGCCUAUGUUUUGAUGGUUUUUAUAGUAAGCUGCCAAGUAAUGGUGCAACUUUUGCUAGCACUUGGAAAAAUUGGUCGUAUUUGAAGUCGUUUGCCAUGACUUAUAAAAUGCUAUUCGUACCAACGGUGGGACCCGGUUUUGCUGAACGCAAUAAAUUCCCCCGUCAUGGUGACAUACAAAGACAUCGAAGUAAUGGCCGAUACUAUGGCGUGGCUUGGCGCACAGCUAUAUUGAAUCACGUAGGCUUUAUAAAUAUUGCCAGCUAUAACAAUUGGCCAGAUGGCAGUCAAAUUGAAGAAGUGAUACCGAAAGCGGGUUUUCUUGAUUACAAUCCGGGAGCAAAAACAAAAUAUUUGGAUUUAACCGCCCACUGGGUGGGAAAUUUUAUAAAAAAUCGAAACGAAGCAGCCGCUGCAGCAACAAAUAAUCAUCCAAAUACACCAUUAAGCUGUUAUGAACUUUUAAAUAAUACCAUAUGUUAAAAUCUGAUAUUAGCCAAAGGGGAAAUUUGAAGAAAAACAAAAAACAAAAAAAAAAAGAAAAACAAAAUGUUUUUUUCAUCUUUUUGUAGAAAAGUUUGAAAGAAAAACUUUAAAAAACUUUUUGCCAAAACUCAGCAACAAUAUGCAAUACACAUAAUAUCUAAGCCUAUUUACGUAUAUGUAUCUCGAAACGUUUAUAAUAAGUAGUAACUACUUGAAUGCCAAUAUGAAAACUAUUACUUUGUUAAUGAGAAUUAAUAAAAUAUUUUAAAAAUAUGUAUACACGAACAGUUAGUUAGUUUAUACAAUUACAAGAUUAGUCUAACGAAAUAUAUUAAAGAAAAUUUUUAAUAUUUAUAUAUAUUUAGUCUUCUUUCUUUUUCUUUUUCUUUUAGCAUAAUUAUUAGCAGAUUUUAAAGUAAAAUUAUCAUUGUUUGUAAACAAUAUAAACUUUAGUAAAACAGUACAAUCGCGUUAACAUAACAUAUUUAGUAUUAACAAUAACAACAACAACAACAACGAUAGGAACAACAAUAACAAAAACCACUUGUUAAACAUCUCAAAUUAUAAUUCGUAAUAAAUAAUAAUAGUUAGAUAUCUUUUUCUAUCUCUCUA